GCGUCGUUUGUGUCGUUGAUCAGCUAUUGGACAUCUGCUUUUGUUCUGUUGAAAACUAACGAUACGCCAAUUUUGGUUGGAUGCGCUAAUUUGAGCGGCAAAUUAAUUUGUUUCGACUGAUUCUGAAUCGUGUGAAUAACAUAACCAUGUCCGUGUUCUUAGUGAAUCCGUCUACAGAAGAAGAAGAGGAAGACAAUCCAACCGAAGAUGAUCCCAACGCUAUUACAAUAUCUGUAGAAGAGAGCAAUCAAACUUGCAAUGUGGCUGCCCUAAACCAAUUUUGGCCCAAAGCAAUCGAUGAAAUUAGAAAGAUUGGAACAUUAGACUUAAAAACACAAGCAUUACCAUUAGCUAGAAUCAAAAAAGUGAUGAAAUUAGAUGAUAAUGUGAAAAUGAUCAGUGCAGAGGCUCCAAUGCUGUUCUCAAAAGCUGCAGAAAUAUUUAUCAAUGAAUUAACUCUUCGUGCUUGGAUACAUACCGAAGACAAUCGACGACGGACAUUACAAAGGAAUGAUAUUGCUAUGGCAAUUACCAAGUAUGACCAAUUUGAUUUUCUUAUUGACAUAGUGCCUAGAGAAGAAGCAAAAAUUGUUACAAAGGAAGUGAAGACAUCACUGAAUCCCGAACAAGUUCAGUAUUAUUUUCAACUUGCUCAACAACAACAACAACAGCAGCAGCAGCAGCAACAACAACAACAACAACAAUCAAAUAAUGCAUCAGGGUCUAGUGCUGGGCAGACAAUACAAAUCUUACAACCAGUGAACAACCAAGUAGUAUCUUUAGGGAAUGGUACUCAAGAUCAAGUAAAUAUAGAAAAUAUUCCAAAUAAUACAUCAAAUAUCACAACAAGUACUUCAACCACUGUAACAGGUAGUCAACCACAAGUUAUUCAGUUACAAGGCAAUACUCAGGCAUUGAAUACAAAUUCAAAUGGUGUACUUCAAUUAGUACAACAGGUUAUUACUCCAACUGGAGAAAUACAACAUAUACCUAUACAAAUUAAUUCCAAUCAACUGCAAAUGCUUCGCAUGCAAAUUCAAAAUUCCCCUCAAUCACAAGUUCAAGUAGUCCAAUCGCAACCACAAAUUAUACAAGUGGCUUCACAAGCUAAUGGACCAACACCAGUAUACAUAUCUCAAUCAACUAUUAAUCCAUCUUCAAGUCCAGAAUAAAUUAUUGUUACAAAUCAAUUCAUCGAGUUUCACCAAAUUGUUAUUAAUGUUAAUUCCGAUUUUGAUGUUAAAAUUAUUAUCAUAAAAACCAUUUAUGUCUGUUAAACUUGUAUUAAAUCCUUCUAAACAUUUUGGUGAAAAAUUAUUGUUAUGACAAGCAAUUGUAAAUAUUUUGUCAUUAGUGUAUAAUUUUUAUACUUUUUAAUCUCUUAUUUUGUAUUAAUCAAUGCAACAAUUCAAUUUGUUCUUUGAAGUUCGAAUAUUGUUUAAUAUUUAUGGGAAAAUUUCAUAAUUUUUCAUUUUGAUCUGAUAACCAUAUGAAGUGUGGUUGUAAGAAAUGGUACCAUUAAUUAUUAAAAAUUUUAUUUUUAACUAUACGGAUAAAUUGUACAUAAUUUGCCAUGAUAUAAACAGUAAAUAAUUAUUUUAAAAUUAAACAUAAAUUUUAUUUUUA